AUGGAGAAGAGCAGAGUUCUGGUGGUGGGGGGCACCGGCUACCUGGGGAGGAGGAUAGUGAAUGCCAGCCUCGCGGCGGGCCACCCGACCUUCGUCCUCCACCGGCCGGAGAUCGGCAUGGAUGUGGAGAAGGUCCAGAUGCUGCUGUCAUUCAAGGAGCAGGGAGCUCGCCUGAUAGAGGCCUCCUUCUCCGACCACGGCAGCCUCGUGGCCGUCGUGAGGCAGGUCGACGCCGUUGUCUGUCCCAUCGCCGGCGUUCACCUUCGCAGCCACCAGAUCCCCCUCCAGCUCAAGCUCGUCGAGGCCAUGAAAGAAGCCGGCAACGUAAAGGUGACAGCUUUUAUUUUAAUCCCCUCUUCUCAUCCGCUUCGUCUCCUUCAGUGGCCGGUGGAUGCAGAGGUUCCUGCCAUCGGAGUUUGGGAUCGAUACGGCGAGGAUGGGGUCGGCCGUAGAGCCAUCGAAUGUCAGCUUCGACGACAAGAUGGCGGUGAGGAGGGCGGUGGAGGGGGCCGGAAUUCCCUUCACCUACAUCUCCGCCGGCUGCUUCGCCGGCUACUUCGCCGGCGGCCUCUGCGAGCCGGGGAGAAUCCUCCCGGCCAAGGAGAGGGUGACCAUUCUCGGCUCCGGCGACGUCAAAGGUGGAGGAACCUUCAUUGGGUCCUGAGCAUCGAGCUGUUCUACCGCCCUGCGCUCACUUUCUCUCUCUACAGCCAUAUUCGUGGACGAGGACGAUGUAGCGGCGUACGCGGUGAAGACGAUCGACGACCCGCGGGCGGAGAACAAGACGGUCUACAUCCGGCCACCGGAGAAUGUCCUCUCCCAGCUGGAGCUGGUCCGGAUCUGGGAGGACCUCAUAGGGAGGCAGCUGGACAAGCUCAGCCUCUCCGUCGACGACUUGUUCACCGCCAUGAAAGGUGAUUUGCCACCCUUCACAACAAUGUAGGCCCACCCUCAGUUCUCGCCCGCAUCUCUCUCUCUCUCGCUCUCUUUCCAUGACUCUGAACUGGGGAGGGACGUACGUUGCAGGCAUGGACUACGGCGUGCAGGUGGGCAUGGGGCGCUACUACCAUGUGUUCUACGAGGGCUGCCUUACCAACUUCGAAGUGGCAGAGGAGGCCUCCCAGCUCUACCCGGAGGUGCCCUACACACGCAUGAGGGACUACCUCAAGCGGUACUUAUGA